AACAGAAAUAUUCUAGGUUCUAGAGCAUUAAUUAAUUGGAGAAAGAUUUCUGUCAUCCUCAUUCCUAUAUAUAGAGACCUAUUGAUGUCGCCUAAAGAUCAAGUAUUCACUUUUGACAAUAGCAACUACGGCAAGAAGGUGCUCUCAAAGGAUUCAGGCUGCUCAACUAAAGAACCUAUUCCAGAAGACAAAGCUGCUAGUUCUUUAGUUAUUUGUUUUAGUCUGUUGUUCUUAUGUUGUAACAUAUUGUUAGCACAAAAACUUUGAGUUUUUGUAUUAGCUUCGUAGACUAGAGUUAGUUUGGGAAUGGAUAGCUACAAUUAAGUUGAUUGUAGAGUAAGGGUAUUAGAGUUAGUUUCCUUGGUUAUAGAGUUAUAACCUAAAACUACUCUUUGAAAUUGGUGAAGUUUUGGGAAAAAAUCCUAUUAGACUGGACCGUGAUUUUUACUCUCUUGAGCAAGGAGGUUUUCCUUGUAAAAAUCACUGUGUUGUUCAAUUUCUGCACUUCACUUUCUGUUUGUGUCUGUUUAUUUAGUACAAAGAACUAGUUUCUUUGAAAUCGCUAAAAUCGGGCAAGACACAAUUCUAACCCUUUCUUGUGUCUGAGUGGACUCUAAAAUAUAACAAAGAAGAAUUCAAAAUGCAAACACUUUUUAGUUUCCCACAGCCAGUCUUUAUGUUAUUCAAAGUAGGUUAUAUUUUCAGGAAAGUUUAAAGCUGGAUAUGAAAUGGAAAACUCAAAACAUCAUCAUAAAUCAUAAAAGUUCUUGGUCGAAGUACUUAUAUUAUAUGACAUAAAAAGAGGACCAUUGCAGCAUUUCCAUUUGAGAUACUAGAGACAAAAGAUGUUUCAGUUUUUCUUUUAAAUUAUUUAAUAUCAUUUCUGGUUUAAAUGUAAUUUCUGAGAAACCCCAGCAACACACAGAAUGCAUUACUCAAGUCAACAAAGACCGAGACUCCAGGCACCAAAACACUUUUUUGCUUUUAAUUUUCAAUUAUUGGAUCCAGUGAACUGAGCUUUUAGCAUUCCAUUUGUCUAGUCAGUUUCACUCUGAUUAUUGAUCAGAAUUUUGUUACUGCUCAUGGAAGGUGUAAAUUUAGUUUGUUUUCUUCUUCUUCUUGGAGCUAUUUCAGAUGGAUUUUCCUGUGUGCAAAUCAGUGCUAUGAAUUCAGGCAUUCAUUGCACUGAAAGUGAGAAAAUUGCUCUUAUCAAGUUCAGGCAAGGUUUCAGGAAUCCAUUACAAAGCAUGUCGUCCUGGAUGCUCGAGGAAAACUGCUGCAAGUGGAAAGGUGUUGAAUGCGACAACAAAACUGGACACGUAAUCGCUCUUGAUCUACACAAACAAUUCUUGCAAGGUGAGUUUGCUACUUCUUUGCUUGGCUUGCCUCAUUUAAGACACUUAGACUUGAGCCAAAUUGAUUUCCUUGGGGCACAGGUUCCUGAGUUUAUUUCCACUUUUAAGAACCUAGAGUAUCUCAAUUUGUCGAAAAACAAAUUUAGGGGAACCAUUCCUGAACAUCUUGGAAAUCUAUCACGGCUGCAGUUUCUUGAUCUUAGUGAUGGUUUUUCACUCCGAGUUGACAACCUUCAAUGGAUUCGGCACCUAUUCUCUAUGAAGAUUCUUGACUUAAGUGGAGUUGACAUGAGCGACGCAAAAAACUGGCUACAUGACAUCAAUCUGCUAACUUCUCUCACGGAAUUACAUAUGUCUGCCUGUCAGCUUGAUCAGUUGCUUCCUUCAAAUUCUUUUAUGAAUCUCACAUCGUCACUUCAAAUUCUUGACCUCUCCUUAAACCAUUUUCAAGCUCCAAUUCCUAGCUGGUUGUUCAACACAAGCCACAGUCUUGUUUAUCUUGAUCUCAGUCGAAGUCAGCUGAAUGGUUUACUUCCAAAUGCCUUUGGAAACAUGUAUUCACUUAGAGUUGUUGAUCUUUCUGACAACUCUCUCCUAGGAAAUCUACCUCCUACUUUUGUGAAUAUGAGUUCAGUUACUUUUCUUGAUAUCUCAAGGAAAUCUCUUGAAGGCAAUUUACCACCAGCUCUGUCAUCAAAGUUGAAAAUUUUGGAUCUUUCUAACAAUAAUAUGGAGGGUCCUUUAGCAAGAAGCAUUGCACAACUCAGGCAAUUAGUUGUCCUCGAUGUUUCUUGGAACUCUUUCAAUGACUCGAUUACUGAUCAUUUCUUGAAUUUCAGUAACUUGCAAGUUUUAGACUUGUCAUCCAACUCAAUUAUCCUCAAUUUAACCGCAACUUGGAUGCCUCGCUUUCAACUUGACUUCAUUGGCCUGCAGUCUUGCCAACUUAGCACACAUUUUCCCCUGUGGCUUCAGACACAAAAAGAGUUCUCAUUUGUUGAUAUCUCUGGCGCUGAACUCUCUGGCAAAGUUCCUGAAUGGUUCUGGAAUCUGUCUGCAAAGGUAAAGCAUAUGAAUAUUUCAAACAACUAUUUCAGAGGGGAAGUUCCUGAAGUUACAGAAAGACUUACUAGUCUUGAAGAACUAGACCUGAGCUGGAACAACUUUGAUGGUCCUCUACCUCAUUUCUCGCCCACGAUGAUGACCUUGAUUUUGGACCACAAUUCAUUUAAUGGUACCAUUUCCCCUGUAUGUGAAUCACUUGUCAUGAAUAAUUCUCUCAUGUUUCUAGACCUAUCUUCCAAUUCUCUAUCAGGAACACUUUCAGACUGUUGGAGAUAUGGGAAAAAUCUGGCGGUAUUGAAUUUAGCCCGUAAUGAUCUGUCCGGUGAAGUACCUCAUUCCAUUGGAUAUCUCACCACUCUCAGGUAUCUGCUACUAAGCAACAACAAGUUGUCCAAAAAUCUUCCUUUAUCAUUGAAGAACCUACGAGGACUAAAAAUUCUUGAUGUUGCUAGAAAUGAUUUAUCUGGAAAUAUACCAUUUUGGUUAGGGGAGAGUUUAAAACAUUUAAUGAUUCUUAAUUUAAGGUGGAACAAGUUUGAAGGAAACAUUCCCCUGGAGAUUUGCCAGCUCAAGAGCUUGAUUAUUUUGGACCUUAGUUCCAAUGCUCUCUCAGGAACUAUUCCAAAGUGUGUUGGAAAUUUCCUGACUUUGGCCGGGGUAGAGGAGGUUCCUUCCUUAAUUUAUGGUCCUUUUGAAGUAUACAGGGAGGAUGUGAUGAUGAUGCUGAAAGAGAGAGGUUAUGAUCAUCGUGCUCAUUUCUUCCUGGGAAUUGAUCUAUCAGAGAACCAUUUAUCAGGGGAAAUUCCUGGGGAAAUCACCACCCUUGUUCAAUUGAGGUUCUUGAAUUUAUCAUGGAAUAAUUUAACAGGAGCAAUUCCUCAUGACAUUAGUAACUUGCACAAUUUGGAAGCUCUUGAUGUUUCCAGAAAUGCCCUGUCAUGUUUCUUACCAUCCAACAUGGUGAAACUUGAUUAUCUUGCAAUUGCGAAUUUUUCGUAUAAUAGAUUGACAGGAAAAAUCCCAACUGGAAAUCAAUUUGCGACCUUCAGCACUGAUUGUUACAUUGGGAAUCCAGACUUGUGCGGCGUACCAGUCUCUCAAGGCUGCUCCGGACAUUUCCAUGAGGACAUUACUCACUGUAAUAGUAAUUCUCCCAGGAAACAGGAGGUGGACGCCACUCAAAGCAACGAAAACAACUGGCUCGAUGAAUCAUCAUUCUAUAUUAGCAUGGGAAUUGGAUUCAUCACAACUUUCUGGGUAUUUUGGACUACUCUAUUAUUGAAAAAGUCUUGGAGAUAUGCCUAUAUGAGGUAUCUUGAUAACAUGGCCAACAAGAUUUAUAAAUAAGCAGCAGUUGCUGAAGAAAGUAGUGAAGAUCAUUAUUUUCUGCAUGCAGUUAAAGAAAGCAGAUGAAGCAUUUAGCUUAGAGGAAUAAAUCCUCUUUUGGUUUUGUUGUUUGUAAAAUCUUCUAGUACUAUAUUGUGUAUGCUUAGUUGCAUAGUUUCAUAUUGUUUUGAUAAAGUUGAUAUCUCAAAA